AUGGAUCGGUGGGUUCCUCUGGCGCCUCGUCGUAUCACGCCCGUCGCGGCGCAUGUGCCUGACCACGUAGGUGCAGAAAAGGACCCAGAUGAAGAUAUCCCGAGUGUGCGUGGCCUGUCACGAAAGGUCGUGCUCCAGAUUCUAGACUAUGUACCUUUGUGUGAUUUGCCUCGUGUCGCUAUGGCCUCUCGCGAAUGCCAGGUUCUUGUCAGCCAAGAAAAGCUAUGGAAGUGGCGCUGGGAUCGUCUUGGAUGGCAGAAGACGAAUGUGUUGUCAGAUCCGCUGCUGGAUGCGCCGCCUGAGCCGAUACCCAUACCUGCUCGAGCCAAGCCGACGCCCGUCGUCUCGGCGUCCUCGCGCGCGGUGUCCAAGACCGUUGACCUGCUUUCCGAUCUCGAUUUUGAUGCAUUUUCCGUCCCAUCAAGUGCGUCCAAGCCGUACGCACGGCGUGUGCAACGCGCGUACACGGUCCUCCGCCCGUACCUCCUGUCCCUCGUCGAGUCGCCCUCUCCUACCUCGUCCUGGCUUUUUACCAAGAGUAGUGACGUACGAGAGCAAUGCGCACUGGUAUGCAUGUUAGCUCGUUUCGCCUCUAUGUGUGUUUGUGGUGUGCCUGCUCCUGGUUUGGAGGAUGUGAGCGCCAUGCAAGCCAAGUUGCAGCAAGCCACUAUGGCUUUGUGCACGCAAUUGCGGACCGCUUUUGUGGCUAGCGAGGAGCAGUACCAAAGUGAGUCAUCCUGUGCAACGGCACUCGCCUCGAUGAAGCAGCAUGCCGAGCUUGCAUGGAGCUUGCGCUACGUACAUGAGGCGCUUGGGAUAGACCGGUCUUUGACGACAGAGACACGGCCGUCUCUUGUGUGGUCGGCACAGCUCUAUGAUAUGGGAGGGAGUGUUAUCGCACAGACGUUUCUUGCCUCACGACCUGUUCUGACGUCACGCGUUCCCUUUAGCCCACACGACGCUCUCGAUGCGAAUCUGGCGUUUUGCGCCGGCCCCGUUCGAGAGUUCGUUCAGUACCUGGAGCGGGCAGUGUCAGACGAGUGUGCGCUGAUCCAGAGCGUGUUUCCGCCUGCGCAGCCAGUUCAUAUGGCGUUGCUCGAGCGCGUCGUGCACGAUCUUGUCGCGGACUAUGUGGUGAGUCUACUGCAAGAGGCGCGCGAAGCGUCAGCCGAGGCCUACUUGGAUGCGUUUGUCCAGUCUUGCGUGGAGAUGCAGAGACUGUGCCGAGUGCCUGCGCUGGAUACAGAGGAAGCCCGGGCUCUUGUCGACUCGGUGUGGCUCACGCAUGUGGAUGAAUACAUUCAGAUGGAGCUGGCAUGGCAGCACAGGCAUCUCAAGGACGUAUGUGACCAAUGGCUGCGUGACUUGGACAGAAUGCUUCAUUCGUCUGAGGCAGAGUCAUCGUCUUUGGCGCCGCAUUCUGCGGCUGAGAAGCGCUCUUUCAUGGCAAGUUUCAAGCACGCGCUCUUGCGCCCGGCCGUGCGUGUCCAGCCGGCCUCGUCCGGGGAGCCAAGUUCGUCGUCGCAGCAGGAGGCACGGGAGGGCUACGUGGGCUUGCAAGAUGCGCCAGGGGGUAUGGACGAGAAGGACGAAGAGGAAGACGAGGCCGUCCUUUCCUAUGCGCGGGCACCUGCACCACGGCGCGCGCCUUCGAACAUGGCGUCUCUUUUGAAUGUGGAAACAGCGGUCGACAUGGUGAAUAUGACGCGCGUAUCGCUACAGCGACUCGACGCGCUGCGUCAGACGCACACGGAGCUGAGCGGUCGAGCGCAAGCAGCGUGUAUUCAGGCUCUAGUGCAGCUGUAUGCCUCGCUGAAUGACGAGCACAUGGCGCCCGGCUUCCUCACGGCGCAGGAGCAGAUCCGCGCGUAUGAUCCAGCGAAGCACGACCGCGCUGGCGGCCGUGGAGAGGCGGCGGAUCAUGUGGGACCGCUGCUUGUGUUCUUCGAGCUCGUGCAUAUUGGCGACACGAUCCAGCUCAUGAUGCAGGUGUUUUUUGAGCGUCUGGACCCUGGUCUCCUGGGCAAGGCGGACUUUACGAAUGCGGCUGUGCGAGAGAAGCGUCGCUUUGAGAGCGACUUGGAUGACCACGUGGCAGUGGGGCUCAGUGCCGGGGUAGAGCUGCUGGUACAGCAGAUUGAGUACAUUGUGACCGUGCAUCAGAACCCGCGCGACUUUUACCCGGAAACGGAGGCUGCGGUGGAUGUGUCGCAGCCCACGGCGGCGUGCAUGGAGUGCUGUGCUACCAUGCAGACCUACUGCGACUUGCUUGCCGCCUGUGCUGACAAGGCGCUGCUGGACGUGUUUUACCAGGAGAUUGGGUUCCGUCUGUACAGUAUCCUGUGCAAGCAUCUCAAGCGGCAGAUUAUUUCGACGUAUGGCGGUGUGCGGGCGAUUUCGGACCUGAAUCACUACUACCACUUCAUCGAGACGAUGAAGCAGCCGUCGCUCACGACGCUAUUCGGUGCGCUCAAGCGCGUCGCGACGCUGUUUAUCGUCGACGAGCCCAAAGAGCUCGCCAAGCUGAUUCAGGACACGACUCUCAGCAGCGGCACUAUGCGGCCGGAGGAAAUGUACGAGUUUCUGCGUGCGCGCUGCGACUUUAAAACGAUCGAGAGCAAAGUCGAUGCCGAGAUGUAUGGCAUCAAGGUUCGCGAAGAUUGUGUGAUUACAUAG